CACAACAUGGCUGCGGCGCCGGGGCUGCUCUUCUGGCUGCUCCUGCUCGGGCCGCCCUGGCGGGUGCCGGGCAAGAGAAGCUCAGCCGCAGAUCGGCGCUUCUCGGAGCACAAACUCUGCGCGGACGACGAAUGCAGCAAAACUGAGUAUUUGGCCAACAAAAAGAAAAACACUGCUACUACUAGUUUCUAGAUUGAGUGUGAUUUAAGUCCUGCACUUUAAGACUGAAGUGUUAAUGUACCGGGGUGAAGCUCUAGAAGAUUUUACAGGUCCGGAUUGUCGUUUCAUGAAUUUUAAAAAAGGUGACACUGUAUAUGUCUACUAUAAGCUGUCAGGGAGAUCGCCUGAAGUUUGGGCUGGCAGUGUUGGGCGUAUUUUUGGAUAUUUUCCAAAGGGUUUAAUCCAGGUAGUUUAUGAAUACACUAAAGAGGAGUUACAAGUUCCAGCAGAUGAGACAGAUUUUAUUUGUUUUGAUGGGGGAAGAGAUGAUUUUGAUAAUUAUAAUGUAGAAGAACUUUUAGGAUUUUUGGAAUUGGACAAUUCUGCAAGUGGAGAUUUUGAGAAAGCUCUAGAAAAAACUUCUCAGCCAGUGGAAAAGCUUCCUGAAGUAUCUGAGCACAGUGACCCUGAACCUGAACCAACAGAAGCCAACUCAGAGGAAAGUGAAGAUGUAUUCUCAGAAAACACUCAAGAACUUAGGGAAAGCUUUGGAACUCAGAAGAACCUCCCCCAUGGAAACAGUCAAACAGAUCAUGCACCAGGAGACCAAUCUUUAUUUGAACCUUUUGAAGAGAAACUGCAAGAUAAAUUAAAAGUGCCAGAAAGUGAAAACAACAAAACUGGCAAUAGUUCUCAGGUCUCAGAUGAACAGGAGAGGAUUGGCACUUAUACACUUUUGAAAAAAGACAUGACUCUGGACUUGAAAACCAAAUUUGGCUCAACUGCUGAUGCACUUGUGUCUGAUGAUGAGACAACCAGACUUGUUACUUCAUUGGAAGAUGAUUUUGAUGAGGAAUUGGAUGAGUAUUACAUAGUUGGGAAGGAAGAAGAGGAGAAUAAAGAAAACUUUGAUGAGGUACCAUUACUAACCUUUAUAGAUGCAGAAGAUAUGAAAACUCCAUUGAAAUCUGAAGUUGAGGAAUAUUUGACAGAUAAAGAGCAGAAUUCGAAUGAAGAGGUUAAGCUCAAGGCAGCUCAGCCCCCUGGCAUCAAAAGCAAUGAUAAGAAUAUACUAACAACCUCAGAGGAUACUAUCUUCUCGGUUGUCACUGAAGGCAAAGAACAAAUAGGUGUGGGUUUGGAGAGUUCCAAUUCAGGGGAAGAAAAGGAAGAUGAUAAUGCAUUAGUCCCAGAUAGCAAGUGGAGGAAACCGCAAUCACCAACAGAUCACACUGCCCCUAAAAAGGCAGAGGAAGGUCAUUUGACUGUAGAAGUUCCUAAAACAAAUGAUGACAAAGACCCACAAAUGGACACAGAACCUCACGUUAUAGGAAAAAGGAAUAAAGCUGAGGAAUCCAAGAGGGGCCUGGUACAGGAUGGGACAGAUCUAGAGGAUGAGAAGCGAGAAGGCAGGGCAGUUCACAGUUCUACUCAGAGCAGUAACCUCAACUCUCUGCCAGCUGCUGAAAAGCAUAAAGAGACAUUGAAGUCAGCCUUUGAUAACAAAGAAAAGGACCUAAAAGGAGCAGCUGUUCACAUCUCAAAAGGAGUGCUCCAUGAAGUAAUACCUGAAGAGCAGAUUUUGGAAGGUGGGUUGGAGCAUGAAUCAGUGCGUAAAGCUGCAGGGAAUCACGUGAGCAAAGGAAAGCUGAGACAGGAAGCCACAGAUACUGCUCUGCUGUUGGGAGACGAUCAGCAUAAUGCCUCCAAAGACAGUGUGGAGAAAGUAGAUGUUCUAGUAAGUGGACCCAAAACACACACGCUUUCAUUAGAGCGUCCAAGUGAGAAAUCUGAAGAGAAACAGCUUCUUAAAACUCACAACCAACGUUCACUCUUCUCUCCAGGUGAAAUUGAUUUGCCAAGAAAACUGGAAGAAGAGGGUCCCAUUCUGGGGAGAAAUCUUUCCUGGCAACGAGAAAGAGAUGUGGCUGCUGCAGUUAAUAAGCAAAUGAAUGAGAAGGUAAGGGUCUCUGAGGAAGAGGUCAAAAAGGACUCCUCAGCUGAAGAGUUCGUUCGUCACCAGCCAGUACUGGGCACACGGGAAGUGGAACCAGCACACCAGUCCGACAGCACAGAAGUUCCAGGUUCCCCUGCUGAGAAACCCCAAGCAGAAGAUGAUGGUUACACCUGCGAGGAACUACUGGAAGAUGAAAAUGCUGUAAGUGCAAAACAGUCUAAAGAAAAAAGUCCUGAGAUUAAGGACAGGUGGUUAGAUGUUAACCUGCAAGGCCCUGAAAGAACUAUUAUAGGUGCCACUAAUACUGAUUCAGAAGCUGAAGAAAACAAAGAAACUAGUAAUAUUUUGGAAAUUGAAAAAAAAAGUGAAACUGUGGGCAAAGGGGUGAACACAGUAGGCAAGGAACUGGAUGAUACAGUGGUGGAAAAAGAAGAAAGCCCUCUUGUAGAUCAGAAAGCACAGACACCAUCUGAAGUAAGUGACUUUCCUGACAAGAAAAAGAAUCAGGCUCCAAAGAUAGGUGAAGUGUCUGAGAAAAAAGAUUCUGAUUAUCUUAAAGAAAACAACCUUGAGGAACACCUGAAGGCCUCAGGGCUCACAAAAGAGCCUGGAGUAGAAGAACUCUCAGAAGAGGACCAGGGGGACUUAGGGAAAUUCAUGGGCACAGAAAGCCAGGGGUCUGCCUCUGAGGAACCUGAGGGUGGCCCGUUUCACUGGACUCCGCGUACAGCCACAGAGCUGGAGCACAGUGACUUGCCUAUCAUAGGCGGCUUCUUUAAAGAACUGCAGUCUUUGCAGCGGUUCCAGAAGUACUUUGAUGUCCGUGAGCUGGAAGCCAUGUUCCAGGAAAUGUCAUUAAAGCUGAAAUUAGCACAGCGGGAGAGCCUGCCCUAUAAUGUGGAAAAAGUCCUAGAUAAGGUCUUUCGGGCAUCUGAGUCACAAAUUCUGAGCGUAGCCGAGAAAAUGCUGUAUACGCGAGUGGCUGAAAAUAGAGAUCUGGGAAUGAAGGAAAAUAACAUACUUGAAGAAGCUGCAGUGCUAGAUGAUAUUCAAGACCUGAUCUAUUUUGUCAGGUACAGACACUCCACAGCAGAGGAGACUGUACCACUGGGAACAGCACAGCCUCCCGAGGAAGACUGGGGUGGACCAGCGGAAGAGAUACAGCCACCACUUGAAGACAAUUUCCCACAAGAUAACACAGAAGAUCUUAAAGUGCAGAUCCCUGAAGAGCCCAGCCACUUGGAUCAACCUGUGACUAGUGACACAAGUGUCUCAGAAGUGUGGCAGAAGCCAGACACUGAGAAAGACGCAGACCCAGGGAUAAUUAUAACAGAAAGCACUCCUCUUGAUCCUGUUGAUGCAAAAAAGCAACUAGAAACAAAGGCUGAGGAGCCAGCAAGUGUCACACCUUUGGAAAGUGCCAUUCUUUUAAUAUAUUCAUUCAUGUUUUAUUUAACUAAGACGCUAGUUGCUACAUUGCCUGAUGAGGUUCAGCCUGGGCCUGAUUUUUAUGGAUUGCCAUGGAAGCCUGUACUUAUCACUGCCUUCUUGGGAAUUGUUUCAUUUGCCAUUUUCUUCUGGAGAACUAUUCUUGUUGUAAAGAAUAGAGUAUAUCAAGUCACUGAACAGCAAAUUUCUGAGAAGUUGAAGAAUAUCAUGAAAGAAAAUGCAGAACUUGUACAAAAAUUGUCAAAUUAUGAACAAAAGAUCAAGGAAUCAAGGAAACAUGUUCAAGAAACCAAGAAACAAAAUAUGAUUCUCUCUGAUGAAGCAGUUAAAUUUAAGGAUAAAAUCAAGAAACUUGAGGAAACUAAUGAACUUCUAGAUGAUACAGCUCAAAGUCUGCGUGUCAUGUUAGAAUCAGAGAGAGAACAGAAUGCUAAGAAACAGGACUUGAUAUUGGAAAACAAGAAAUCUAUAGAGAAGUUAAAGGAUGUUAUCUCAGUGAAUGCUUCAGAAUUUUCAGAGGUUCAGAUUGCUCUUAACGAAGCUAAACUUAGUGAAGAGAAGGUGAAGUCUCAGUGCCAUCGAGUUCAGGAAGAAAAUGCUAGGCUUAAGAAGAAGAAACAGCAGCUGCAGCAGGAAAUCAAAGACUGGAGUAAAUCCCAUUCUGAGCUCAGCGAGCAAAUCAAAUCAUUUGAGAAGUCUCAGAAAGAUUUGGAAGUAGUUCUUACUCACAAAGAUGAUAAUAUUAGUGCUCUGACUAAUUGCAUUACACAGUUGAAUCGGUUAGAUUGUGAAUCUGAAUCUGCAGGUCAGAGCAAAGAAGGAAAUGAGUCAGAUGAAUUAGCAAAUGGAGAAGUAGGAGGUGACCAGAAUGAGAAGACGAAAAAUCAGAUUAAGCAGAUGAUGGACAUUUCUCGGACACAAACUGCAAUAUCAGUAGUUGAAGAGGAUCUAAAACUUUUACAAUUUAAGCUUAGAGCCUCGAUGUCAACUAAAUGUAACCUGGAAGACCAAAUAAAGAAAUUAGAAGAUGAUCGCAAUUCACUGCAGUCCGCCAAAGCUGGGCUGGAAGAUGAGUGCAGAACCCUGAGGCAGAAAGUGGAGAUUCUGAAUGAGCUCUAUCAGCAGAAGGAGAUGGCUCUGCAAAAGAAGCUGAGCCACGAAGAGUAUGAGCGGCGAGAGAGGGAGCAGCGGCUGUCAGCCGCAGACGAGAAGGCGGCCUUGGCCGCGGAGGAGGUGCAGACCUACAGGCGGAGAAUUGAAGAAAUGGAGGAUGAAUUACAGAAGACAGAGCGCUCAUUUAAAAACCAGAUUGCUACUCAUGAGAAGAAAGCUCAUGAUAACUGGCUCAAAGCUCGUGCUGCAGAAAGAGCUAUAGCUGAAGAGAAAAGAGAAGCUGCCAACUUGAGACACAAAUUAUUGGAAAUAACCCAAAAGAUGGCAAUGCUGCAAGAAGAACCAGUGAUUGUCAAACCAAGACCAGGAAGACCCAACACCCAAAACCCUCCAUGGCGAGGUCCUCUGAGCCAGAAUGGCUCUUUCGGCCCGUCUCCCGUGAGUGCUGGCGAAUGCUCCCCCCCGCUGCCUGCAGACCCUCCUGCGAGACCUCCGUCUGCUACGCUCAGUCGGAGAGAGAUGCCAAGAAGUGAAUUUGCAGAUCCAGGAUCGGGUGCAGCUCCUGCGGGGAACAGCAGCUCGAGAAGCUCUUCCCCGGCUAAGGUGGUGGAUGAUGGCAAGCAAACUGUUUCCCAAGAGCCUGAAGGGCCUGCAGCUCCCAGCAAUCCAUCUUUGGCUGAGCAUCCAGUGGCAGCUAAUAUGGCAGCAAAAGGGCCCCCUCCUUUCCCAGGGGUGCCCCUCAUGAGCUCCCCCAUGGGAGGGUCUCUACCACUACCACCGUCCAUCCGAUACGGACCACCUCCUCAACUCUGCGGGCCUUUCGGGCCUCGGCCACUUCCUCCACCGUUUGGUCCUGGUUUGCGCCCACCACUAGGCCUAAGAGAAUAUGCACCGGGCAUUCCACCUGGGAAACGGGACCUGCCUCACGACCCUCGAGAAUUUUUACCAGGACCCACACCUUUUAGACCUCUAGGCUCUCACGGCCCAAGAGAGUACUUUAUUCCUGGUACCCAAGUACCACCUCCAACCCAUGGUCCCCAGGAUUAUCCACCGUCACCUGUUGCAAAAGACGUACUGCCUUCUGGCUCUAGAGAUGAGCCCCCCGCUGCCGCUCGCGGCAGCAGCCAGGACUGCUCACCGGCUUUCAAGCAGAGCCCGUAACUGUGACUCUGACGUUAGUCUGAGACGAAGGAGACUGCACUGUUCAUUACAGUAACGGAUUUCACUGGCUUCAACAUCCAAAAGUUUAUUUUAAGAGGUUUGUUUUUAGAAAUAGCUGCUCUGGCAGUGUGCAUUUUUUGAGCCAAUUAAAAAAAUACCAUUUUCUCUCCCAAAUAAAAAUCACCUUGUAAGCUAGAGCCUCCUUACAACUUUGAAAUGUGCAAUAAAUAAAUAAAUAAAUACCUGUGUUUUAGUUAAUGUAGCAUAUGUAACUACUAAAUGAUUUAGAAUGUCAUGAAAAAUACAAACAUUUCCUGUGGAAAUGCUAUAAGAACAUGUAUUUCCAUUUAUUCUAUUUUUAAUGUACAACAGUUGAAUACAGAGCAAGAGUGUUUAUGAGCUUGUGUGGUUUUUUAAAAUAAUUGGUCAUAAAGACUUAUGCUAAAAAUGUUUACUAAAAGAUCACUAAACUAUCUCCCCUCUUGCUGAAGUUCUUUGUAGUAACAGUUCAUAAAACUUUGGUUAUUAAUAUUUUCCAAGUGUCCGUCGAUUCAUUGGAUUUUUCUCCUAAGAUGUGCCGUUUCGGAAACACAUAAACUCAUGCUUCCAGAACUGAAAACGGUGACUUGGCAGCACAUGGCCUUUUGCUCACUGCUUUGAGAGGUUCAACCCUAGUCACCUGGGAAGGCCACAACUGAGAUCUUCCUUUUCCUGUGAAAGUCAGUGGGCCCAUUUGUACAGCACUUGCAUGCUUGCUCGUGACUUUCAUUGCCUCGUGGAGAAUAGUUUCUUGAGUAUGAGUUUAUAUUAAUAGCAAGAGUUGUUUGACCUGAUGUUCUGUUGUUUUACUGGUAUUCCUACAUUAAAGGGUGCGUAACAGAAAAUUGAAGAUGUACUGUGACCAGAAAAGGCAAUUUCUUUUUAAAAAUGUACAGUCUGUUACCCUCAUACCUAGCCACUAAUUUUCAAAGAAUAUGGCAGAAAAGAUCCUAAGAGUAUAAUACUGUGAGAAUUAUUUGGAUUGUGAGGCUUGUAACAUGCCUUAGUUCACCAACCAGGGGCUGAACUGUUCUUUUUGACUGAUACUACUUCAAAAUUAAUAUUUGAACAUUUGCUGAUUUUUAAAAUAAUAAGCGCCAAUCUAAGAAGCUGGAAUUAAUACCCUAAAUAAGUCUUUUCAUACCCAUUACUAUACCAUGUCUUGUAAACAAUGUUUCUUGAGAACUCACUCUAGACACUUAUGAAGUAGUAACUUCAUAGCACAUUUUAAGUAGUUUGAGAUUAGAAUAAAUCAAGAUUAUAAAAGGCUGA